UGUCAAAGACUUGUUUCCUGAAACAAUUUAUGCCGGAGGGCAAGGGGGACAAAAGACAAACACCAGCUCUGCUAAGAUAAAGUUCCAGACAAACGGUGUGAUUGGCAAGAUUAUGGCCUGUAGUCCACAUUACGUUAGAUGUAUCAAACCAUCGGAACGGAAAGCACCACUGGCCUGGAACCAACAAAAGGUUAUUAAUCAGAUACGUUAUCUUGGAUUCAAAGAAAGCAUUACAAUCCGAAAAACAGGAUUUGCAAUCCGCAGACAUUUUGAAUGUAUCUUGAGAAGGUUUGGAAUAAUUGCUCCAGAAACCAAACAUGGCUGGUCAGGUGACCGGGCUGAGGCCUGUCGCUUUAUACUAAAAGCCGCUGGAUUUGAUUCUGGAAAAUGGAUAAUUGGAAAAACAAAAGUGUUCCUUAAAGAACCCGAUGCGCUUCAUGAUCUAGAGAACAUAAAGAAUGAACAUAUCAACAAAGCUUGUGUCAUGAUCCAAAGAAACUACCGACGUCACAGUAUAGAGAAACAGUAUGACGAAAAGAAACAAGCCGCUGUUGUAAUACAAAGAUGUUAUCGCGCCUAUCGACACAGAGUUGCCUCAAAAUUCCGAAGAAAUUCCUUUACCCCAAGGAUAGAUUGGAAACCUCAGAACCGGGAUCUACUUGCAGAGAUGUUUCAAUCCACAAGUGAAUUCAAGAUCGAAAGAAAAUCACAACCUGGAUCUUUCACAAUGUUAAUGAAAACCAUAUUUGGGCCAUUAGGUGGCGGAGUACAUUGCAAAGGAAUUUGGCUUGAAAUAUUAGAGCAAUCACUGACGACAGCUACAAAAGAAGUGUGCCUCCAUAUCUGCAAUUACAAAGAAGAAUUUGCACCACUUAAAACUGGGGAACACCUCAUAAGUGAGGUUGUGGCCCUAGGACCAAACAAAGAUCCAUUGAGAGCUCCCGCAAAAUUAUGCCUUCCUCUUUAUGACAUGUGUGCAGAUCACGAAUUGUUUCUACGAUGGUCACCAACUCAAGUCGGUGAAGAAGCGCAAUGGAAGGACGUGUUUCCAGGGACGUUCAAGGGAAAAUUUGCCGGACCCACCGUUAUACUACAGAUUGUUAAUACUAAACAAGUCAAAGUAACUACUAAUACGUUUGGUCUAUUUUGCAUUAUUUCUCGAGAACCGUCGAAAAUAGACAGUCACCAAAAUGAUGAACGUGAAGUAAAGAGCGGAAGUCUUCUUUCUCAAGGAAUAUCUGGUAUUAUCAAAUUACUGGGUCAAAAGUUUAGGAGCGAAAAGGAAGAAUGCUUUGGACAAGAUCAGGAAAUAUCUGAACGAAUUGCUUUGAUAAGGUAACUUAAGCAAAACAAAAUGCAUUGUUGUUCCUCAUUAUGCGAAAACCUGUCAUUUGAAUUCAAGUUAUUUGAGAAUAAAUUACUCUAACCCAG